AGCAACAUGGCUCAUACUAAGCAAACUUCCUGUAAAUCCACUGGUGGGAAGGCGCCCAGGAAGCAGCUCGCAACAAAAGCCACUCACAAGAGUGCACCCUCUACUUGUGGGGGCAAGAAACCUCAUUGUUACAGGCCAGGUACUUUGGCUCUUCGUGAAAUCAGGCGUUAUCAGAAAUCAACAGAACUGAUCCACAAACUUCAUUUUCAGCACCUGGUGUGUGAAAUUGCUUGGGGCUUCAAAACAGAUCUGCGUUCCCAGAGUGCAGCAAUUAGUGCUUUGCAGGAGGCAAGUGAAGCCUACCUGGUUGGCCUGUUUGAAGACACCAACCUGUGUGCUAUCCACACCAAACAUGUCACAAUCAUGCCAAAAGAUAUCCAGCUAGCAUGCCGCAUACGUGUAGAACGUGCUUAAAUU